AUAUACACGUAUUAAUGGUGGUGUGGUGAGGUGUGAAUUGGGGAUGAAUAAUGGUAGCCAUGAUUGGUCCUUCCUCUCCCCUCCUAAGCUAUAAGGUGUAGAUGCAACCAAACAAAAUCUGCUAACCCAUCGAUCGGAUCGAAGCGCAAGCAGGCGCGGAUGAAUUCUUCCUGACUUCUAUGAAAUGUCGAAUCCCCCUCCUUAGUUUCUUCCCAGACAAUUCUGCAAUCUUCGGCUUGAUUUGAUUUGGGGAAAUCUGGGGUUUUAAUUUCUGCGGAAACUGGAUGGAGCCUCGCGUGGGGAAUAAGUUCCGCCUUGGCCGGAAAAUUGGGAGCGGCUCGUUUGGAGAGAUCUAUUUAGGUACGAAUACUCAGACGAAUGAGGAGGUUGCUAUUAAGCUCGAAAAUGUGAAGACGAAGCAUCCGCAGCUACUGUAUGAGUCUAAGCUGUACAAAUUACUUCACGGAGGAACUGGAAUUCCUAAUGUCAAGUGGUUCGGGGUCGAGGGAGACUACAAUGUUCUUGUUUUGGAUUUAUUGGGACCUAGUCUAGAAGACUUGUUUAACUUUUGUAGUCGCAAGAUGUCUCUAAAGACUGUUCUCAUGCUCGCUGAUCAAAUGAUUAAUCGUGUUGAGUAUAUCCACUCCAAAUCUUUCCUCCAUCGAGAUAUUAAGCCCGACAACUUUCUCAUGGGCUUAGGAAGGCGUGCAAAUCAGGUUUACGCCAUUGAUUUUGGACUUGCCAAAAAAUAUCGAGACUCCUCAACUCAUCAACAUAUUCCAUAUAGAGAGAAUAAGAAUUUGACUGGAACAGCUAGAUACGCGAGCAUGAAUACUCAUCUCGGCAUUGAACAAAGCCGUAGGGAUGAUCUAGAAUCACUUGGAUAUGUUCUCAUGUACUUUUUAAGAGGAAGCCUUCCUUGGCAGGGAUUGAAAGCUGGAAACAAGAAACAGAAGUACGAGAAAAUUAGUGAAAAAAAAGUUUCUACCUCCAUAGAGGCGCUGUGCCGUGGUUAUCCCACUGAAUUUGCUUCGUACUUUCACUACUGCCGUUCACUUAGAUUUGAAGAUAAACCGGAUUAUGCUUAUCUUAAGAGAAUUUUCCGUGACCUGUUUAUUCGCGAAGGCUUUCAAUUCGACUAUGUAUUUGACUGGACUAUCUUGAAAUAUCAGCAGUCGCAGCUUGCCAAUCCUCCAUCCCGCGCCCUUGCAAUUGCUGCAGGGACAAGUAGCGGAAUGCAACAUGCUAACAAUGACAAGCAAUCAGGCGGCGAGGAUGGCAAGGGCGCUCGAACAAGGAAUCCUUUGAAUUCCGGAAACUCGUCUCAGAAAGGUCCUGCUGCAGAUGCUUCUGUGACCAAAGAACUCUCCGGUUCCAGCCUUUUCCGGAAAUUCGGGUCAGCAAGGCGACCUGGCAUCACUAUAAGCCGAGACCUGGAGAUCUCCGGGAACGAUACAGACACACUCCAGAGAAAUUCAAAUCCACCACUACCAUUAGACCCGAAGCGCGCAGGUUCUACCAGAACCCCGACUUCGAACCUAAAAAACUACGACUCUACCCUCAAGGGUAUCGAGGCCAUGAACUUGAAGGAUGAGAAGGUGCAGCAUUAGACGACAAAAAAUGUUUCUAAGCGCAUUCCCAGUGUAAAUAUCAGAACAACUGUGGAGAGUACGUGUAUGUAUACGUAUACGUAGUCUUCCCCACGGCUUACUUAAUCGACGUGGAUUCAGGAUAUAGUGAUGACAGUCGGAACAUUUAAUAACGAAGAGAUCGGUGAAAAGCAAAGAUGAGAAAGGUACGAUUGAUUCUGUGUUUUAAGAGUUAAUGAGUUUUGUUAGAUCU